CAGACUCAUGUAAACCACUGACAUAAAACCGUGGUCAUUAUUCCAAAAGAGAACAUUGCCAGUGUGCGUUCAAUAAUAUACAUUUCGAUUGUUUAUAAGAAGAAAAAAAAAUUGGAAAUGAGCACCAGCAAUGCAAAUAGAAUGCCACCGUACAAGCUUUGGGCCUCGACAGAUGAUGGGAAAUUGAAUUUGUAUCUUUUAACGAGUGAUCAUAUUGAAGGUGCGUUGCUCGUCGUCCUUCGAGAAUCGUUUUUCCCCGAAGAAAACAUCUGUAAGGGCGUUGAUGUCAUGUCUGAGAAAGGUGCCGCCGAUGAGCAACCAAAUACAAACACAGCCGAAGCCACGGGAAAAAUCGCCAUUCGAAAUAUUCAGCGAAAACUGCAAGUGCAAAUCGUCCCCAAAGCCAUGAUCGAUUUUAUGAUCUACGUCGAUUCCAAAGUGGAUCUGUUCAAGCUGUACGGUACUCUUUGUGUCUUCUCGAAGUGGUUUUCCUUUGCACGUCCAACACCCACCGCAAGCGAAGAAUCGCCGAGCUUUUCAAACAUAUCAACAGAGAAUAGGCGACACUCGUCUUACUUCACGCCUUGUCGCCAAAAGAUUGAAUUAACUACACACUUUUCUAAAUCAUUUUUCACCAGUAGAGCCAGUUUAUCUAUAUUAGCUAGAUACUUUAUUGGCAAAAUAUUACUUUGAUCAACCGCCUUUUGGAAUUUGCUCUUACAUUUUGUAAAGUUCAUGACUACUAAUCAUCUCGGCACUGUAUUCCUAACGUGAGGUUUUUGUUUUAAUUUUUUUUUUUUUACAAAUUUUAUGGAAAAAAUAGAUUUUAGUAAAUAAUAAAAAAAAGGCAUUUUAGAGAUAACGUUUUGUUUUCUCAACUGUUACAUCAUAAUAUCGAUAUUGAUUGAAUAAUAAACAUAUGUAUUCAUUUAAUUUAUUGUGUCAAGUCUAUAUAAGUCGGGUCAUCAAUAUAUUAACUUUGACGAGGAGCUGAUUAGGUAUUGUAAUUAUUACAAUGAUUUUUUUAUUUUUCUGCCUAAACCCACGACGUCUCUUAUUAAAUAGCUGAACCGUUGGAAAACCCCCAAAAAAAAUGGAAAACCCUAUAACUUUGACCGUUAUCAAUUUUUAGCGCUUUUUACAGUAACGAGGUUUAUUAGUUGUUCAAAAAUAUACCAAUUUUAAUUUUAA